CUUACGAGUAUUUACACGGAUACCUUGGCAAAGUGAUCUACGAAAUGCCGGAAUCAGUUGCUAUCAAGGUGAUAGGGCGAUGUCGUCCCUUGAGUUCAGAGGAGACCAAGAAAGGCUUGAAGCCUGCAGCCUCAGCCUCUGGUGAUAAAAUUGUUGUCCUUGCAGGAAAGGAGCAAAGUUUUGGACUGGAUGCUGCUUAUGCUGCUCAGAAUGGCAAUAAUCAGAUAUACAAAGAGCGUUGUGAAGCACUGGCCCAGCGGGCACUGGAAGGAUACAAUGUUACCAUCAUAGCUUGUGGAGGGGCAGGUUCAGGAAAGACCAUGUUAAUGGCAGGCACAGAAGACGACCCCGGUAUCACCCCACAGUUCUGUCGCAGUGUGUUUGAGCUUGCCAGCAAACAGUCGGGGAAAGAUUUCCUCAUCAGCGUAUCAUACCUAGAGAUUUGUGAUGAGAAGAUGACAGACCUUUUGAAUCCUCACAGCAACCCUAUGAGUAUCCGUCAGCAUCCCACCAAGGGCAUAUUCGUUGACGGUCUCUCAGAGCUGAUAGUACGUAGCGCUGACGAGAUAAGCCAAUACUUUAACCAAGGCGCGAGAGCUCGCAAGAUGGGCGCUACUGACCUUCGACCCCACAGGCCCCGGGCCCACGCAGUGUUUACCAUUGUCAUUGAGCAGCGGGAGAGGCAGUCCAGUAAAGUGGGCCUGCGCUCUGUGGUACAUCUGGUGGAUGCAGCAAGCAUGGAUUCUUCCCAUUCAUCAGAUCCUGAUGUUAUUGCUGGCUUGAUGGGGCUACAUGAUGUCCUGAAUGCCCUAGGUGGGCCCAGGAAAGGGGCCGCUAUUCCCUACAGGGAGUCCAACCUUACCAGAUACCUACAGGAAUCCCUAGGUGGGAAUGCUAUAACCACGAUGAUGGCAACAGUUUCCCCCUUGGAUAAGGCCCAACAGGAAAGCGUGAAUACACUGACCCUUUCCCAGUAUGCUCGAGCAGUGAAGAACAAGGUCAAACUGAACUUGGAUGAGACCAAUCAGAUCAUCUCUGAGCUGAGGGAGGAAAUUGGUCGUCUGAGGGACAAGAUAGCGGCUGCAUCAGAGCCCAACAAGGAAGAUGUGCUCAAAAUGGAGGAUCUGGUGAGGGAUCUUCAGAUUGCCAAGAAGCAGACGUGGGAUGAGAAGCAGAGGGCGUCUGCUAGAUACGAGGAGGAGAGGAAGGUCAACCUCGCUAACAAGGGUAUUCUAGACUGGGUGAUGGACAACAUGAAGAAAGGCAACCGGGAGGUGGAGGACAAGAUACAGACCCUGCAGGCGGAGAAAGAGCGGGCCACUGUGGCCUACAAAGACAAGAGGUCUAGUGUGGACAGUCUGAAGGCAGAGCUGCAGCAGAAGAUUGCAGAGUACUCCAAGUUUGCUGAGAAAGGUAAGGCCUCUGAGUCGGAGAACAAGUCUCGUGUGACAGCCAUACACAAGCUGAAGGAGGCCCUCAAACAGGAGACAGAGAAGCUCAAACAUCUGAAACACGCCCUGGUGGAGGUCCAGGAGAAACAAAACAUGGAAAAACAGGGGGCAAAGUCUCAGAUGACCAACAUGAAAGGCUCCGCUGAACUCCGACAGAAAGUUGAGCUGGAGGAGCGUCAUCGUCUGGAGGAGGCCAACAAGUCUCUGGUGACGGAGGAGCUGGAGAGGGUGAAGCUUGACGUGGAGGCCGAGCGAGCGCAGAUCCAAGCCCGGGCCGCCAAUGGAAAGGGGUACACCGCCAAGGAGGGGGAGGACCUCGAGGUCAAGGUCGCCGAGAUGGUGGCGGAGAAGUCUGUUGUCACACUGCAGAUCCAGUGCCUGCAGCAGGAGAAGGCUCGUCUGGCCAGAGAGCUGGAGGAGAUCCACAGACUGCACAAGGAGGAGCUGGAGCUGCAGCAGUUACAGCACUAUCAGACGUUCCGUAACUACCGUGAGAUGUUUGAGGAACAGAAGGCGGCCAUAGAGCAGCGCUAUCGCCAUCUGCUGGAGGACUCCAUACAGGACGCCAUCUUCCUGUCUGCACGCAAUAACGAACUCACCAUGGAGAACACAGAACUCAAACAUCAGGUGAAUGAGAUGAAGGAUGUUGUCACAAAGCUGGGAGGACGCCUUCCAAAGUCCGUGGAGAUCCCGAUGUAACAACUGCAGGACUGGGCAUACUGACACUGGAGGAUGUGUGUAUCAUCAUGCAGAAUUAGUUAACUGUGAUAACAUCAGAUCUGUGGGAGUCACCUGUGAUAACAACAUGUGAUAGAUCUAUAAACUUUCAUCUGCCUACUUUGCUAAUAUUGUUAAACAAGUUGUAUUUAUCUUUUUUUUAUUUAUUAUUAAAGAAAACAAACAGCUUAUUGAUCCUUGCAGGACUAUUGUUAAGUCAGAUUUUAUGUAUUGGAAUCCUGCUUAAGAUACUUAAAUCAAAAUUAAAUUUUCCUUGUAAUUAUUAUUGGCAAUUAUGUUUGUAGUGAUACAUCAGCUAUGAUUAAUUUGGUAUAAUUUCUUUCUGCAUAUUUGCACAUUUUACUAUAGAAAUGCACUUGCCAACUCUCUUAACAUGAAACAUUGCUUUCCAUUAUAUUUUUUGUACAUUUUUUGGUUAUACGCCUGUUUCAAAAAACAAACUGGGUGCAUAAUAUCCACCUUACCUUUAUACUUGAUAUUGCUUAUUUAUUAUUUUUGAUGAAACUGGAUAAAUACAUGUAUGUUAAAUUUGGAAAACCUGGUAUCCUCAAAUUGCAAUGUUUUUUUGUUGUUAUUUUCUCUGCCAUUAUUUGGACAACUAAUUAAUACAUCCUUCACAGAUAAAUGUAUUACCCAGACCUUUAAAAAAGAAGUAUUUUGUAAUAAAUUGGAACUCUUGUUCACAAAGCAACUAGCGCCCAUCACACUAUAUGAAGGUGACUAGAAUAUUGACAAUCAUUCUUGGUACUGUCCUGUAACAUAUUAAAUGUUUGUUAUGAGUUUAGGCAAUUUGUGAUACCAUUUAGAAUUUUUCAAUAUUUGAGCUUUUCACAUUUUGCAGUGAGUUAUUGUUUUUUUAAUUUUGAGUACCUUGUUCCUAUAUAAGAGUGCUUCUGAAUGUUAAUUACAAGCAUUGUUAUCAAUUUGUACAAAUGUUUGUAAUUUUUGCACAAUUUAUUUUGCAUAUUUUAUGUUAAUAUAAUUAGAAAAUUAUUCGAAAAAUAUGCAGUAUCCAUGGAAUAGUGACUGAGCUUUUCAACAAAAAUGACAUUUUCUUUGAAAACUUAUUCAAUUUUAAGAAUGAUAAUAAAACAAUAUUUUUAUCACCAACACAACACAGCAGCAAUACAAUAUAAAUAUAUGCAUUUGUUUUCAUCCAUCUUUGGCUUUCUUUGCACAUACAUUUUGUAUAUAUUAUUAUUAAUAUAUUUACUGUAAAUUUUUGUCUGCAGAUCCGUCCACUUCAUUAUUAUUUUUUGUCUGUUGUUUACAAACUGCAUUUAUGUCAUUUGCAAAGAUGAUAUUGUUACGCAUUUAAAGGUUUAUUAUUGUUGCAAAUCUACUUACACUAUAUAGUUUAUGUAACACUUAUCUCAUAUUAAUACAUGCUUUUUCUUGAAUAAUGCAUUCAAUAAUUAUAUUUCAUAAACUACCAUUCCUUACCAUAUAUUUAUUUUUCCAUUUUAUUAAUCAAAUAUAGAAAUAUUUAGAAUCAGGCAAAAUUCAGGUAUUAUUUUAUGAGAGCUUUUUUACUCAGAGAAAUAUAAACAAGUUUGUUUUUAGUCUGUUGUAGAAACGUUUUAAUAAAUACAAAGUGGUUGAUUAUCAUUAAGAAAUAUUUAUGCAAUUUAUCGGGAAUGUGACAUGUACAAUAAAACAUGUAACACUUCAGUUGCAACUUUUUUCAAACCUGCAUAUGAUAAUUACAUCAUUUGCAGUUAAGGAUUUUGGGUAACUCUUGACUGGUAGUCUUCAAUCGGUAAUUUUUACUUCCAUGAAUAUGUUAUUUACAUACCUGACUGCAUUGUGAACCAAUUUUAUAUGAGCCCUGCCAUUCAAAAUGGGUGUUAUGCCAUACGCAGAAAGCAUGGCCCAAGACCAUUUUUGCAUUCUGGUCCAGAGCUACCAUGUCCACUAUGAAGUCCUGCAAGGAAAUAUGGUCUUAUUAGCGGACAUUAAGUGUCAUCAUCAGAGUACAAUGAUGCAGAGGAUUAUCUGGAGCUACAUGUACACUGCUGGUUUCUGUCCUAAGAACCAUUUUCGCACGAUGCGGUUCACAUUACGCCAAUAUCAGCCUUAAACUGUCCUGUUUGAACAUUUAGGUGAAUUAGAAAUCAGAUUUGCCUGUAUAUGUGAUAAAUAAAGAGUUGCAUUUACAAUAUAUUUUAUUCUAGUAGUAGAUACUUGAUUAAUCCCUUGUAUAUAUUUUUUUUUAUGUCUGUUCCUUACAUCGAAUGCUGGUCAUUCAGCGGAAUUUUGUUGUUAAUGGUGAAAGAAUUUAUACUUGUUUGUAACUAACGUUCCUUGAUAUUUAACACUUCAAUAAAUUAGAAUUAAA